AAGAGAAUGAGCUGUCCUGGGAUACCUCUGACUGGGAAUCAGGAUGGGAUAGUGGAGACAAUAAGGAGGAGGAGUCUACGUCUCUCUCAAAGGCAGUGGAGGAGCCGCCGGGGCAGAGCCAACCCUGGCUGCAGGACUGCGUCGUUUCCUUGUCGCCCUGUGCCGACCUGCUGGUUGUCGCUCGAGAACAAAAAGCGGUCUUCCUCUCAGCAAAGUGGCGGACAGAUCAGAGCGGCAGAGAGGAGAUGACCUUGGCUGUGUCCUGGAGUGGAACUCUCAGCACAGAAGAAGGAGAGAGUGUCAGCAGUGUGAUCGCUAUCCCCCUGGCCAGCCAGAAGAGGAGCUCCACUGGACGGCCUGACUGGACAUGCAUAGUUGUUGGAUUCACGUCUGGAUAUGUCCGCUUCUACACAGAGAGUGGGGUUCUGCUCCUGGCCCAGCUGCUACAUGUGGACCCUGUUCUAAGGCUCAAAUGUCGCACCUAUGAGAUCCCUCGUCAUCCUGGCGUGACUGAACAGCACGAGGAGCUCAGCAUCCUUUAUCCUGCUGCUCUGGUCACCAUCGACGGCUUCAGCCUCUUUCAGUCGCUGCGGGCCUGCAGGAACCAGGUGGCAAGAGCUGCAGCAGCCGGCAGCGAUGUGGUCCCCCCUCCUCCUCUGGCCUACAAGAAGUGGGGUCUGCAGGAGAUGGACACCAUCGUGGACCACAGCAGCGCGGGCGUAAUGACCCUUUGUGUGUUUGACCAAAUGAAGAAUGCAUCCAUCCUGGGGGGGUUUCAUGCAUCUGUCAAGGGAAGCCCCCCUGCCAUGAGCCAGUUUGUGACUGUAGGAUCGGGGCCAUACACAGGAUUUUAUUACGCAGUGGAGGGAAACUCUCAGCCUCUCCUGUCCCAUGUGGCUCUGGCUGUGGCCAGCAAACUCACCUCAGCCCUCUUCAACGCUGCCAGUGGCUGGUUGGGUUGGAACAAGAACAAGAGUGAAGAGGAAGCCGCUCAGAAACAGAAACCUAAAGUGGAGCCUGCCACCCCCUUAGGGAUCAGAUUCGGUCUGCCGGAUUCCCGCCGCCACGGCGAAUCGAUCUGUCUGUCGCCUUGCAACACGCUCGCUGGAGUCACUGAUGACUUUGGUCGAGUGGCGCUGCUGGACCUGGCAAGGGGCGUCACCAUCCGCAUGUGGAAAGGGUACAGAGACGCCCAGCUGGGCUGGCUGCAGGUUCAGGAGGAGCGUGGGGAUCGGGAGUUCUCCCCCUCCGCUUCACUCCCCAGACGUCACGCUCUGUUCCUCAUCAUCUACGCCCCCCGUAGGGGGAUCCUGGAGGUGUGGGCCAUGCAGAGGGGCCCUCGUGUCGGUGCGUUCACUGUAGGCAAAUAUUGCAGACUCCUUUAUGCGGGCUACCAUCUGAUGGGGGUGAACAGUGUGACCAGUCAGGGCUGGCAGCUGCACACGCAGCAGGUGUGUCUCCUGGAUCCCACUACAGGAGCUCUGAGGACCAUCAGCAUCCCCUUCCAUCUGGCCCUCAGUGACAAAAAGAAUGAGCGGGCUAAAGACAUGCACCUGCUAAAGAGACUGAGCGCCGUGUUGAAGAGCAGAGACGUGGAUCCUGAUGCUUUGGAGAGAGAAGCAAAAAGCGCUUUGUUAGAAAUUAAACACCCGGCUAUUAAGAAGCAGGCUUUGGAGUCUCUGCUGUCAAACAAGAAUGCUCCAGUUUCCUGUCUUACUAAUGUUACCAGUGCCUUACAUGAUGCUUUGAAACAGCAAGAUGCAGAUGAAGUGGAGACAUCGUUACUCCAGCUCUGCUCCUCUCAUUUAAAACUGCUUCAGCUUUAUACGGACAUCCAGCAGCUGCAGUCUGCAGCAAACACUGAUGCCUGCUCUCAAAAUGAUUCCCUCGAAGGCUUAGAGGAGGAGUUGUCGCGUGUUGAGCCCACCUUGCAACGCUACGCACAGCUCAGCUCCAAACCCUCGGUUUCUUUCGCGCAGGACUCUCCUGACACGCCGCUGUCCGCUCAGGCUUUCCUCACUCAGCUGGAGGUCACCGAGGAUGGACGGGUGAAGGUGAAUCGUGGGUCUGACGCGGAAUGGAACCAGUUAGGAAAUUUUCUGUUUUGGGGCUGCUUAUGUGGUAAAAGUCCCACCCAUAAAGUCUGUGACACACUACAGCUGGCCGGCUUCAGCCCACAGCAGCUACUGUCUUUGUUAAUGAGCGUAUGGCUGCAAAGGGAGAAGGAGGUGCUACAGAAGCCUGUAGAUACAGUCAAACAGCUUUACACGCUGCUCAUUGCCCUGAGCAACAUGGAAGGGGCUGUUGAGGAGUCUUGGGAUCCACAGUCUGUCUCCCCCUGGUGGCAGCAGGUCCGAUUAACAUGCAUCCAGUCUCACAAUGCUGCUGCUGCUUUACUGGCUGCCUUAGUGGCUCACUGUGCUGCCAAGGCGAGCAUCACAAGCAGGGCUGACAGCAAGCUGCAGUCAGAGUGGGAGGCGGUGUCGAUGGAGCUGGAGCAGUGGGUGGUGUGCGUCCGUCAGCUGGAGGACGUGCUGGUCCUGCAAGCUCUUCUGUUGGUGCCUUCUCCUCAAGGAACAGCAGGCGGCGCUGUAGUUCAGUGUUCAAUCAAAACGCUGCUGGAGGGAGGCACAGGUGGUAUUGCAGACAGUGUUUCUAAGUGGGUGUUCAGGCAGAACAUCACGCCAGAGCGACUGAAGGAAAUUCUGCUGAGUAAAGAAACUGAAGACGAAAAGAAGCAGAAAGGGGAUGGAGGAGGAGCUGAAGAGAAGAGGAGCCAUGAGGAGGCAGACAGGACAGCAGAGCUGUUGUUGGCAGUUUGUCAAAGGUUCCCAGAUUCUUUGUCUCCAGACCUUCUCUUCGCCCACUGCAGCUGGGAGUAUGUAGUGCAGUGGAAUAAAGACCCAGAGGAGGCCCGAUAUUUCUUCAGUGCUGUGGAACAUUUAAAGCUUAUCUCCAGUCCUCACAUUCAGCUAGGUAUUUCCUCAAUGAUGUGGAGCACUUUCGUCGUCAAGCGUUUCUCAGCAGCUGCUUUCCUCAUGGAGAAGGUGGGGAAAGCACCCAAAGAUCGCUUAUGUCGACGGGAUGUGGGGAUCGGAGAUAAAGCCAUGACGUCUUUCCUGGGCUGCUGCGUCCAGCUGCUGCAGAUCCUCAUGGAGGCGGACUCCGCCAUGGAGGAGGUUCGUGCUCCUGAGCUGUCUGUGGAGGAGGUGUGGAGUGGAGCUGAGGGCCCUGCGUCCAUCGCCCAGCUGGCCCUGGAGCAGAGAGGCGUUCACUACCCUCUGGUCCAGCACCACUGGCUGCUGGCUUCGAUUCUACACGCUGCCAUGAGCUUCACGGUUAAAGUCAAGCCGCUCAGUCUGUUUGACAGCAAGGGUAAGAAUGCUUUCUUCAGGGAUCUGACCACCAUCCAGCUGAUGCCCAGCGGAGACAUGGACCCUGGCUUGGUCUCAUUACGGCAAGAGUUCCUCCUCCGGGUGCUAACUGGAUGGGUGCAGGCCAUAGACGACACUUUCUGCUCGACGUCCUCGCCUGCCUCCACACCUCUGCCCUCUGAUGGACCAAAAGCAGACUGGUGGCCCUCCCUGUGCAUUGAUCUCGGCUCCCUGCUGCAAGUCAAUCCAGAUAUCCUUCGUCGACACCUUGUCUGUGAGCUCUACAACCAAGGCCUCGACCUCCGAGCCGAAGAGGCCAUGCUGCAGGUUGAAGAUAAGGAAGUUCUGGGCUCCCAGCUCCUGGUGCUGACCGGCCAGAGAUUAAGCUACUCCCUGCUUCACAGCCAAAACCAGACGCAGGCUGCCAUGGAGCUGCUGGCUCGCCUGCCUCCAACCCUCUGCACAUGGUUAAAGGCAAUGGAUCCCAGUGAGCUGAGAUGCCCCCUGGUCUCUCUGUCCAAGACCAGCCGACUCGUUAGCCGUCUGAUAGAAAUGCUGCCAGAAAACCACGCUCAGUACAGCCUGGCCCUGCACCUCCUGGAAGCUGUGGACGUCCUCACUCUAUCUGCUGAAGGUUGAUCUUUGCUGACUGCACUAUAAAACCCAUCAGCUGCGCAUUAGAAAAUCCUGCCCAUUUAGGUUUCAUCAGUCAAAUCACGGCAUUUAUUGUUCAGUGUUUAAAAAAGUGGCUUUUAACUUUGUUUUAUUAGCCCAUCAUGUUUUUUUCGUUUUGUUGCAUGUAAUAUAAAAGGUAUUCAGUAUUUUUUGUGUUUUCAGGAUGAUUUGUUGCGGUAAGGGGCAUGUUUAUUUUAUCAUCACUAAAAUCAGCUGUCCUGUGGGACCUUCGAUGUUAUACUAACCAUUUCAGCUUUUGCACAGAAAACGUUUAUCAUAAAUGAAGAGAUGGAUGUUAUUUUUAUUUAUGAGCAGACAAAUCUGUAUUAACUGCAUCUGUAAUUUGAUGUCCUGCAGGGCUCUG